GGGCUGGGCAUUGCAGACGACGUUAGAAGACUCGGUGUUGUGCUUUGUGGGUUAAGUGCCAACCUAGGGUGGCAAGAAUGGAUAUGAUAUCAGAAUAGGAAGUUAACCUUCAGUUUAAAUUGAAACAAAAUGAUAAAUUUUUAGUUCGUUUUUUUAAAUUUUAUUGGAGUGAGUGAAAUGAAGAGUAAAACGAUUGAGCUUUUUAUAGAAAACAUAGCCUAAUUACUCAGUUUUUGUUAAACUAAUGUAAAAUAUCUUCAUGUACUUUGAAGGUUAUUAUUUUUAAUGAAUUUAAAAUUGUAAGUGCUGACAUUUAAAAAAGUAUUUGUGUCCUACCGUUUUAAAUUUAAUCAUGGUAAUUGCAAGACCUUUUUCUCCUGUAAUUAUUAGGGGCACAAAGACAUUUUGUAGAAUACAUGGCAUAUCUUUUUACAAAAAGUUAAAUGGGUGCAAAUAUACUUUGUUUUGCAACAUUCAAAGACACUUUGCAGAUACAGUGUCAGCCAGUCAACAAGGACCAGUGCAUGAUUUAAAUAAAAAGAUAUCAAACAAGGAACUGUUACCUGAUGAACACCAAUUGCGCAUUGCUAAAGAUCUCCAAAGGGUAUUCAAUGAUAUAAAAGCUUAUUCACCACCAAGUGAUAGCAUUUUCACAAAAUUAUUUGGAAAAAAAGUAAAAAAAGGUUUUCCGAAAGGACUGUAUAUACAUGGUGCUGUUGGAGGUGGAAAAACAAUGCUCAUGGAUAUGUUCUAUCAUUGCGUUGAGAGCAGCAGUAAAAGAAGAGUACAUUUUCACGCUUUUAUGGUUGAUGUUCAUGCAAGAAUCCAUGAGGUCCGUAAGGACAUUGUUAGAGAUGUAACAAGCACAAAGCCACAACCAUUUGAUCCAAUACCUCCUGUAGCGAAAGCACUCAGUGAACAAGCUUGGAUGAUCUGUUUUGAUGAAUUUCAGGUAACAGACAUAGCAGAUGCGAUGAUUCUGAAAAGACUAUUCACAGAACUGUUUGAUCGUGGUGUGAUUGUUGUGGCAACCAGCAACCGACCUCCGGAUGAUCUUUACAAGAACGGAUUACAAAGGUCAAACUUUGUACCCUUCAUCCAGGUUCUCAAGGAUCACUGCGAGGUCUCCUGCCUGGAUUCCGGAAUCGACUACAGAGCCAAGGCGAACCCUGCCAGUGAGAAAACCUACUUUGUGAAAUCGGACAAGAACAAUGAUGCUGAAAGAGGAGUCAAUAAAAUAUUCAAAAUCCUAUGUGCCCAUGAAAUCGACAUCAUCAGGCCUCGAGUGUUGAAUAUCCAAGGUCGCAAUGUGACCUUUAAUAAGACUUGCGGCCAAGUGCUGGACAGUACAUUUGAGGAACUUUGUGACAGGCCACUCGGAGCUCACGACUAUCUACAAUUGUCACAGGCGUUCCACACCGUCAUCAUCAGAGACGUCCCCAUUCUGAGUCUCAAAAACCGGUCCCAAGUGCGCAGAUUCAUCACACUCAUAGACACACUCUAUGAUCAUAAGGUACGAGUGGUAAUAUCAGCUGAUGCACCACACAAAACACUCUUUGUCGCACACGGGGAUGAUGAAUACACAGAUGAGAAGAGGAUGCUCAUGGACGAUCUGAAUAUAACUCGUGGUUCGGAAAAUGCUACAGCUAAUAUUUUUACGGGAGACGAGGAGAUAUUUGCGUACGACAGAACAGUUUCUCGCCUUUCGGAGAUGCAAACAAUGGAAUACUGGCAACAGUGGGAUAAACUGAGAUGAAGGAAUAUUUAUUUGCCACAUAGACAACAGUACUUAGUAAUAAUUAGGUGUAUGGCGUAAGUGCCUUAAGUUAUUAAUGUUUAUAGCAAAUUUAGUAUUCUGUAUUAUGCCAAGCCUUUGCUGUGCACAAUUUGUUACCAUUAGUGCUCUAAGUUAACAGAUAAGUUACUGUAGUUGGCUUAUAUUAGAUUAUUCUAUAUAGUUGUUGUAUUCUAACUCCCAAAAUAUUUUAUAGGUACGGCUAAGCAAUGGAUUUAAUUGUGAAAUCACCAGAAAUGUACAGUCUUUUGCAUGUACAGCCAUCUAAAAGUUAAACUUAUAGUUACAAUGGGAUAAACACACACAUGAUUAUUUUUACUGUCAUCACUUUAUUUUUAUUACAAUUUGUAUGAUUGUGUUUUAAUUUCAACACAACUUUGAAUAUUGUGGUGUAAUAAUUUACAUUUAUUAUUUACAUUUACAAUGUAAUAAUUACUUAUCAGUCUUAUUUUAUUGGAAAAUAAAUAUCUUUAGUAGUUACAGUACUAUAUUACAGUGCAAGUACAACCUACUUAGAGUCAAAGGUAUAUAAAGUAAGGAAAUUGUAUAUAAUUGACUGAUGUCUUUUCGAUUUGGAAUAUUGAGUUGUUUUACAAUAGUUACAUUGAAUUUACGGCUUGAUGAACUUUAUUUUAGUCCAUUUUUUUUUUUUUUUUAUUGGAGGAAUACUUGGUUGUGAAUUUGCUGACUAAUGAGGAAAAUUAGAUGUCCUAUUAGAAAAGAAGUUAUUUAAACCAUGUCUAACCACAUUAAAACCAUCUUUCUUCAUCUCUUCAGAGAAACUUCACCAUAUUCCACAGUUAUCUUUAAAGAAGGAAAAACCAAGUGAAAAUAAAUAGGUAAUUCCCGAUAUGAAAAUUUGUCACUAGAAACAAUAUUUUAUAUAGGACAGGUAUUUUAAACAGUACUACAAAACACUUUGAACCAAUAGGUGACCAAAAUUUACCACAUGUUUGUAGGGAAAGCUCUUGUUUCUCGGAAUAUUAAGCAACUGUUUUCAGGAAAUAAACACAACUAUUAGAUUAAAAACUUAACUAUUUAGAUAAUAUAUUAUAAAUUUAACAUUUAAUACCACCAGAAGUCAAAAAAGAAAAAUUUACUCACUCAAAGCUAAUUUUAUACUUUGUUAAAAAAAAAUAUCUGAAUCAAGAUGCUAUUCUUACAAAGAAAUUUGGUGGGAUUAAAUAUACAAAAGGAAUAUAAGAAUUUCUAAUUUUCACUCAAUAAUAGUGUAUCGUAAUUUAAUUCAACAAUUUUUGAACGUACAUUGUGAUUGACAAACCAAAUAACAAUGAAAAUGGCACAAAAUUCUCAUUACAUUAGGGAACAUUUAUAGUAUUAACAUAGUAAAUGUAGUAGGAGCUUCAUGCCAUCGUCCUGUUGGAGAAGUCUGAGACUAUUUUAUUAUUAUUUACUUUAUCUUCACUAUUUAUUUAUAAGAGUUGCCUUUAGUGAAAUAACUGAGGAGUUUUUUCCGAUAAGAACAAUGUUAAACCUCAUGCAUUUUACAGCUUUAUCUUUAGUCGUAGAAUGUGAGAGAUAUCUCAUUUUAACACUUUCACUGCCACCUCCUCGUUUUGACAACUUUCGUAUACUGCCACCCAUUUUAAUGAUUUUUAAAAUAAAUAUAAUUUUUUAACCAAUUUUAACAAAACCAUGGGACUUAUAUUUUUUCAAAGAUGAAUUCUUCCUCGUUCUACACAAAUGCUCAUGUAUAAAUAUUUUCAAACAGAAUGUCUUGUUUUAAAACAUAAAAAUAUAAUUUUUUUAGAAUAAAAAGUUGACCGAAAAACAUCACCAUGUAUGUGAAUAACAUAAAUAUAUGUCUCAAUUGUCUCAUUUGCUGUAUUCAGUAUUUUAAUUACUGUCACUAUAGCUACAAAUAUUUACAAUUGAAAUCCACUUAUGUUUAAUUUUUUUUAUUGUAGGGCCUUAACCCACUUGUUCCAGGACCAUCAUCAAAAUCUUCAACAAAAGCUGGAAAUAAAUAAAAAACUGUAAAAUUCUGUAAUAAACCAUUUAUUUAUAAAAACACAAGGAUACAGGUUUUUAUUACUAUUAUGCUGAUAUUUGCUUUUUUUGGGUAAAAAUCACUGUCAACAAGUCCAUCGGUAGUAAAAUCAGGAUCAUUAUCUGUGUCACUUUGGAAUAAAUCAUCACUUUCACUGUCACGAUUUAUUGUAUUUACAAUAUUGUUGUAAACUAAAGUAAUAGCAAGCGAAUCAAUAACAAUGCAGGUGACGAAUUAGCAGAGAACGACAACAAAAGUCAGAGCAACUGCGACGUAACAACAAGUUCGUAAAAAACCACUUUUUUCUGAUAUUCCAGAUGACUGCCAACAACAUUUCCAUAGAUCAUAAUCCAUAGAGUAAGAAAUAAAAAAAUGGAAAUACCGAAUGACUUUCAAUGCCGUUUGAAUGCAUUUUUAUUACUGUAAAUGUCAGCACCGUCAAAAGACGUUUUCAUGUGUUUCAUGACUAAAGAAUUCCAUGUGCGACAUCAAAUGACAUUGUUGGCAGUGAAAGUGUUAAAGAUAUAAUUAACACAUCCAAAGUCUUUGUUUUAAGUUUGUUAUUCGUGAUGGAUGAUUUGAGAGUAUAAUAGUAUUUCAGACAUUUACCAUCAUAUAGAUAAAGAAUACAUAUGGAUUGUAUCUUUAAAAUAUCUCAUAAUUCUAUGACUAAAAAUGAAGCUGUGAAAGUGCAUGAGGUUUCACAUUAUUCUUAUAGGCCUGUAUUCAAGAUGGCCGCCAUUAAAACCACCACUUAAGUAUGUUUUUUUUUUAGGUCUUAACCCUCAUGUCUUCGUCUUCUACACUGGUUUCUUCCAUUUAUAUUUAUACAUUUAAGGAUGCUUCAUAGUCAAUUCUGUUCCAUCUUCCUAAUAAUGUAUAUUUUAUUAGAAUUUUCUUGAUCGUGCAAGAAUUUUAUUCAGGUGGUGGUAAAUAACUAAAAUUAUCUGCUAGUCCUCGGAACAGCCAAACCUUCUUUAAAAAAUAUAUCGUUGUAUCUUUAGAUAAAUAUCUCUAUCUUCUGAAAUUGUUUGUAUUGGGAAAAGAACAUUCAACUACAAGUAAAAUUAUAGAAUGGAAAGAGACCUGUAUAUUAAGACUUCUAGGCUGGCUUAGGUAAUUUGUUGAAAUCAACUAAAAAUCACAUAUUUUGCAUUAGCAACUGUCAACCUUGGGCUAAUAACAUCUUUUCUGGUUCACUCUGCUGCCUAUAAUUGUUUACAUAAUUAUAUUCUAGAAAUUUUUCGGUGUCGCUCUGGAUAGCCAUCCUCAACUAAUGUUAAACUGAAACUUUAAUAAAAAAGGCUUUGUUUGUACACAGGUGUGUUGAUCAAUAUGCCAACAACUGACUAUGAUCAAUAUACUUCAUUUCUUACAGACUGCCAGGUUUUCAUUAAUUUAAUUAUAUCUUCUUUAUUUUCUUUCUUGAUCGUUUCUAUGAUUUCUCUUAUUGUCAUUAGGUAAUAAUAUGGAAUUUUCACUAGUACUUGCAUGUUACUGUUGAUUCAAUACAAUGAUAGUUACCGCAUAAUUAUUGGCAUCAGCAAGGAGAGGAGCUGAAACUCUUAGGCUAGUUAAGUGUUCCAAUCCCUUGAAGAGGCAGGGCUGGCAGAAACACUGCAACUGAGAUUUUUCUCAGUAAGGUAAGAGUAGGGCAUACAAUAGAUCACAGUUGCACUGCACUUCUCUCCCCCCAAACUGAAUACAGCACAAUACCAUAAUAACUUACUUUAUUCUUACCUCUACCAUGUCAUGUCCUCGCUCAAGAGAUUUUCUUAUACACGUUUCAUAAAAACACAUGGAGGAUUAGGCUCCUUAUAUACUCCUACCAUUAGAUAUAGUGAACAUUAGAACAAAAUGGAAACAGCCUACUUAUAAUAUUAACAGCCAUUAGGUUUAGUUUAGCAUUGUAAAUUAAUAUAUAAGAAUCAUCAACAUUUUAAUAUACAUAUUGUAAUUUUAUAUUGAUAGUAUAAGAUGACAGUAAAUUAUUAGUGCAAACCCUGUAAGUGGUAAAAGUCAGUCAACUAACCAACGGAAAUGUAAUACUUGUGCUCCAUGAUUUUCAAACUAAGAUAAAUCCUUACAAGAGU